AGCUUUGGAGGAUUUGGGGGUUUUGUGCUAAUUGGAAGAUUUGGACAGCAAGAAUAAUAUUUUUCAUGGACUUUGAGUCGGAUUUCAUAUUUUUAUGAAUGGAUGUUUUAGUUUCUGUAAUGAAUGCUUUUAUGUGAGUUUGUAGUAUUUUUUUAAAAUAUGUUUUGGUGCUUAACCAAGAUGCAUUAUGUUAAUGAGAAUGGUAGAGUUGACUAUUAUAUGUAUGAAGAAGGAUUGCGUAAUGGUAUAGAUAUCUCGAGUAUCAUAAAUAAAUGAGUAUACACAAUUAAAUAUUUGAAAUUAUUAAACAUUUUGACAAGCGUAAAACACAUCAAACAAUUGAUAUCGUUUGUAUAAGAGCAUUUGUCCAGUCCUUGCUUUCAGUUGUGCCAAUCAUGAUUAGACAAACGAUUUCCUGAAAAAUAACCAUCUUUUUUCUGGAGACCGAGGGCAUUCGAAUUUCAUUUUAAUUUUGCUACUACGUACAAGAAAGCUUAAAACCAUUCAGAAAAAUACCAAACAUCUACAAAUGACAUAAGUUUGAAGCGGAGACACUGUGGUAGCAUAUCUAAUGAAACGGCUUUAUGAUCAUUUUCACCCUAGUUCGAAUGCGCAUUGUUUACGAUUGUGUGGCCAGAGACUUGCGUUCCCUUCACCCUCUCAACUAACGAAUUAUAUUCAAAGACAUGUAUGGGGAAAAGACAAACUCGUAAUCAAGAUACGCUGGAGACUUGGUAUUUUCUGCGAUAAUCUGAUAUUCUCCCAUUUUAACGUUGAGGUUGCUGUCGAGCGGCUUCAUUUUCCAUGUUUGAUCUCUGAGUUCCUUCAUGUUCAAAAAAUUUCAAAAUGUCCGUGGUUAUCGAGACGACGAUUGGCGACAUAACUGUGGAUUUGUUCACGGAAGAGAGGCCCAGAACAUGCCUGAACUUCCUUAAGCUGUGUAAGAUGAAAUACUACAACUUCCACUUGAUCUACAGUGUGGAAAGAAAUUUUAUUGCGCAGACAGGAGACCCAUCAGCAAGUGGACGUGGAGGUUCCUCUGUGUUCCAAAAGAUGUACGGGGAUCAGGCACGGUUUUAUGAAGGAGAAAAGUUGCCCAUCAUGAAACACUCAGGACUAGGAACUGUAUCCAUGGUGUCAUGUGGGAGUCAUCUAUUUGGCUCCCAGUUUUUCAUCACUUUGGGAGAAAACCUUGAUUCCUUGGAUGCUGAACAUCUUGUCUUUGGGCAGGUUGUUGAAGGGCUUGAGGUCCUAAACAAGUUAAACCAGUCUCUCACGGAUGAUAAGAAUAGGCCCUAUCAGGACAUACGGAUAUCACACACUGUUGUGUUGGAAGAUCCUUAUCCUGAUCCAGACAAUCUUGACUUUCCAGAUGAGUCUCCCAGACUUUCUCAGGAUGUCUUUGAGUCUGACUAUAUUGCAGCAGAUGAAGCCAUUGAUGAUAAUGAAGGGAAAUCAAUGGAAGAAAUUCAAGAAGAAAUUGCCCAGAGGGAAGCAAAAGCUCGGUCAACCAUUUUAGAGAUGGUUGGGGACUUGCCGGACUCCGACAUGGCUCCACCCGAGAAUGUGCUUUUUGUGUGCAAACUAAACCCUGUAACAACAUCAGAAGACUUAGAGAUUAUCUUCAGUAGGUUUGGGAAAAUCAAUUCAUGUGAAGUAAUACGUGACAGAGUGACAGAAAAUUCCUUGCAGUAUGCUUUUAUAGAAUUUGCCGAGACUAAAUCUUGCGAAGAUGCCUACUUCAAGAUGGACAACGUCCUCAUUGAUGACCGCAGAAUUCAUGUUGACUUCAGCCAGUCUGUCUCCAAAAUCAAGUGGAUGGGCAAGGGGAAAGGUGUACAGAUUUUUGACAAUAACGGCAAGAAAAUGGACGGUGCAAGGGGACAUGCUUUCAACCCUAAUACAGAUCUUAGGCAUGAGGGUAAAGACAAAUUCAGGAACCCUGGUAGAGGGAGACCAUACUCUGACAGUUUUCGAGGCAGGGGUGGAAGGCAGACUGACAGGCACGACAGGGGUUGGGAGAGAGACCAGCGGCCACAUCAGAGGCAUGAAAGGUGGGAGAAGAAUGGCAACAACGAGAACUUUAAUCGGGACAGAGAAGCUGGAAGGAAAUUCUACCAGAGAGAGCAACACGAUAGAGGAGUAGAAAGGGAAGAAGCAAGGCUCUCUAAUGCCAAGAGGAGCCACAGCAGUGAUGAAGAAGGGAGUGACAACGGGCCAUCGAGGGAGAAGAUGCUGAAGCACCUCAAGAAGUCCCUU